AUGGCCCCUUCCGCAGUCUCGCCGCCACCAUCUGCUACCAGCCAACCGCUGGUCAAGCCCUGGUCGCGCCCCCGUCAGACUGAAGAGGAUCUUGACUGGGCACCCCUCACCACCAUUGAUCUAUCACGGUUCGACGAGCCUGGUGGCAAACAAGAGCUUGCCAAGCAACUCUACGAUGCCAUUACUCGAGUAGGGUUCUGGAUUGUGACAGGCACUGGCAUCGAUGAUGAACGCGUCUUGCGCCAGUUCACCAUCGGAAACACCUUCUUCAAGGAGCCACUGGAAGAAAAGAGGAGAUAUCCCUGCAACUUUGCUGAAGGAGAGUACUUUGGGUAUAGAGAGAACGAGCGAUGGAUCGGAGAUACGGGCGUGAAAGAGAAUAUCGAAAUGCUGAAUAUCCACAAAGACUUACCAGCAUGGAAAGAUGUCGGUCGCCACAGAGUGGUAGAAGAGAACUGGGACGAGAUCCGUGACUUCCACCGCGACGUCUGGGAAGUUGCGCGGAAACUCUUCGUUCUGAUCGCAAUCAUCCUGGAACUGCCAGAGAACUACCUCGCAGACGCGCAUGCUUACGACCAAGUCUCGGACGAUCAUUUGCGAUACAUGAUCUACAACGUCCGAACGAACGAGGAGUGGGACAAGGCGCAAGCGUACUCCAAGGGCGGUCACACAGAUUUCGGAAGCUUGACGCUUCUCUUCUCUCAGCAUGUUGCCGGGUUGCAAAUCAGAACGCCGGAAGGAGAGUGGAAGUAUGUGAAGCCUGUUGAGGGAGGAAUAACAUGUAAUGCGGCUGAUACGUUGACGUUUCUCACGAACGGGUUCAUCAAGUCAACAAUUCAUCGCGUCGUGAAGCCUCCAAUGGAUCAGAUCGAUAUCCCUCGUCUCGGUCUACUGUACUUUAGUCGACCUGGCGAUCACACACCCAUGAGGACGGUGCCUUCUCCUCUUCUAGACCGCCUUGAUCUGAUCAGAGAAGAGGACAAGGAUUUGGAUAAGCCGGUGCCUUCUGGGACGGAAUAUGUGCGGGCCAGAGUGAAGGAUGUGCACCAUAAAACAGUGCUGGAUAAGCGUGAAGGAACAUCAUUCCAGUUCAAGGGUCUGGAAGUGAAGAAUCACUAUGAAUGA